AUGCAGCUCGCAAGCCCUAACCUCGACGUUCUGUCGUCCUUUAUGACCUUCCUCCCAUCCCUAAUUCAACUUCUGACCACCUACUGGAAACUUAUUCUCGCUUCGUUUGUUAUCUGGUCUGUAAUAGUCUUUUUACGCCGCGGAAAACAGUCAAAAGAGUAUUCUUCACUACUUGCACCACCUGUCGGGAGUUCUCCCUCCCACCAAGCGUCUCUAAACGGUUCAGACGGAAUCCCUCCGAUGUAUCAUCGUUCGUAUUCUCAAAUAUCUGACCGACCGACUUCAACAAAGUUAUCUUCGCAAGAUCAAGAAGAUCUCAACGUGACAAUCAGUCAGAAACAAGAUGCUCGUGUGAAGCAACCUUACGAGGCCUUCCUUGUUUUAGACGUUGAGGCUACCUGCCAAGAGGGGGCCGGUUUUGAGUGGCCUAAUGAAAUCAUAGAGUGGCCCGUCUGUCUCAUGCGGUGGAAGGAUAAAUCGAACCUAGGAAAAGCUUGUCAGCUGGAAAUUGUAGAUGAGUUUCGCAGCUUUGUCAAGCCCACAUGGAGACCUCAACUGUCGCAGUUCUGCACGGAGUUAACGGGAAUCACCCAAGCUCAAGUCAACUCGGCCCCAAACUUCCAGAAGGUUCUGAAGAUGUUUGCCCGUUUUCUGGCUCGUCAUGGCUUGAUCGAUCCCAAGAGCGGGAGACCUAUACAACGCUUCUGCUGGUGCAGCGACGGACCAUUUGAUGUAAGGGAUUUCGUCGUGAAGCAGUGUUUUAUAUCAAAAGCGCCUAUGCCACCGUGGCUCAAAGGGGAUGUUCUCGAUGUCAGAAGGGUUGUCUCUGUUUGGGCAGUUGCCUCCGGCAAUCCAGAAACCAUGGCUAAGCAACUGGAAGCCCUCGGGUUACCGGCAUUUCAAGGCCGCCUGCACAGCGGUAUCGACGACACACGCAACAUAGCACGCGUGAUGACUGAGCUCGCUCGUCGUGGAGUUCGUUUGGAACCUAACACAUCCAUCAAUACAAACCGUCGUUGGAAUUGGAUGGGAAAACCUGGGGAGGUUCUUGAGCACACCCUAAUGUUCUAA